AUGUCCGUUUGUCAACGCAGAGAACUGGUAUCCCAAAAACGCCUAUGCUGGAAUUGUUUCCGUUCUGGACACCAAAGUAGGAAUUGUACGUCCAAGUAUGAUUGCCGAAAUUGUCACCAGAGACACCACACGCUGCUGCACGAAUCUGCAGUCCCGAAGGUACAAUCCACUCCAGUUGUCAUGUCUGGUCAGUCAUCCCAGCAACCGAAUCCACCCACGUUGACUGUUGUCGAAUCCCCUGGAUCAGCGAAUCCGAAUCCCCAAGUGAGUUUGUCGGCACAGUCGUAUCAGUCCACUGUCCUAUUGGAAACGGUUAACCUCCUUGUCGUAGACCAGAAUGGCAAAGAGCAUCCUGCUCGCGCGCUCCUAGAUUCGGGAUCAAUGUGCAGUUUUAUUACGAAGAAAUUAUCCAAUGUACUCAACCUCCGCCGCACGAAAGUUGACAUCGCCGUGUCUGGAAUCGGUGAAGCAUCGAAGCAGAUCAAGCGCAAGUUGACUGCUACGAUUAAAUCCAAGUUGCUUUCGUAUAGUACAACUCUCGAUUUUCUGAUUUUGAAGAAACCCACAGUAUGCCUGCCAACUACGCCGAUUGAUAUUUCCUCGUGGCAGUUCCCUGAUGUUCCGUUAGCCGACCCACGAUUCCACAUUCCAGCCGACGUUGACAUGAUUGUCGGUGGAGAAGUAUAUUAUGACCUGCACACCAGUUGUAAGAUUUCCUGCGGCGAAGGAAAACCUGUAUUCGUCGAAACCUCGUUCGGAUGGACUGUUUCUGGGAAAGUAGUCAUCCAAUCACCCGAUGUUCCACGUGUUUGUCACCUCACCACUGUAGACCGAAACCUGGAACAAGCCCUCCAGAAGUUCUGGGAGCUAGAAACUGUUGAACCCUGCUCCAUGUUAUCCGCUGAAGAAAAUUUCUGUGAAGAUCAGUAUGCCACUACCACCACUCGCGAUUCGUCGGGUCGUUACGUUGUGUCCUUGCCACUCACCCGCGAUCCGCUCGUCACUCUCGGCGAAUCACGUUCAAUCGCCGAGCGUCGCUUCUUGAACCUUGAAAAACGACUUGAGCGAGAUCCAACCACCAAAGCUGCCUACUGCCGCUUCAUGGAGGAAUACGAACGCCUAAACCACAUGAAGAAGCUCGUGGAUCCAAUAGACGAAACCAAGCCACACUGUUUUCUCCCACACCACCCGGUGUUCAAGGAAUCCAGCACCACUACGAAAGUUCGAGUUGUGUUCGAUGCAUCCUGCAAGACGUCUUCUGGAUUCUCUGUGAAUGACCUGCAACUAGUUGGACCCGUCGUUCAAGAUGAUCUGCUAUCGAUCCACAUCCGAUUCCGCAUCCACCAAAUUGCAUUCGUCGCCGACGUCGAAAAAAUGUAUCGACAGAUCCUAUUGCGUCAGCCGUUUCGUCGAUAUCAGCUCAUCCUCUGGCGUCCUAGUCCAAACCAGCCAAUUGCUACGUACGAACUGAACACUGUAACGUACGGUUUCGCGUCAUCACCAUUCUUAGCUACACGCACCCUUCAGAAAAUCGCGCAGGACGCAAGUGAUAUCUAUCCAGCCGCAGCCGCGGUAGCCCAGAAGGAUUUCUACGUGGAUGAUUUCCUGUCUGGUGCCGACACCGUUGAAUCCGCUAUCCAAAUACGCCAUGAAAUGACUGUCAUGCUUUCAGCAGCAGGUUUCCCGUUGAAGAAGUGGGCUUCAAACUCACCAGAAGUCCUAGUGGAUAUUCCCGAAGAAGACUUAGCCUUUGCACCGUACCAUGAUCUCCAGGACGAUCAAUCCGUUUCCACACUAGGACUCAUCUGGAAACCGAGAAUCGACAUGAUGAGUUUCAAGGUUCAACUUCCACUGCCAGCAUCUGUUUUAACUAAGCGGAAGAUUAUGUCGUACGUGGCGCAGAUUUUUAACCCACUUGGCCUGGUGGGACCAAUCAUAGUCAUCGCCAAACUCUUCAUGCAGCGUCUAUGGGCAUUGAAAACCGAAGCUGGAGAUUCAUAUGAGUGGGAUCGUCCUCUUCCUCCACGUUUGCAAUCCAAGUGGAAGGAGUUCCACGAAACGUUAGAUACUAUCGCAUCUCUUCGAAUUCCACGCUGUGUAACCGUAGCAAACGCAACCUCAUUCCAACUCCAUUUCUUUUCCGAUGCCUCACAGAAGGCUUACGGAGCAUGUUGUUAUGUCCGCUCAGAAUCCGCUGGGGUUGUUCGUGUCCAAUUGCUGACGUCCAAGUCCAAAGUUGCACCGCUGGCCAAACAACAAACCAUCGCACGUCUGGAGUUAUGUGGGGCUGUACUCGCAUCCAAUCUCUAUAAAAAGGUGGCCCAUUCCAUUUCGAAACCUGCUGAAUCUUUCUUUUGGACAGAUUCGUCAACUGUAUUACAUUGGUUGGAGUCUUCGCCGUCCCGAUGGAAAACUUUCGUAGCUAAUCGGGUAGCUAUGAUUCAAGAAGCUACAGAAUCCUGCCACUGGAACCAUGUUUCCGGAACAUCCAAUCCAGCUGAUCCCCUCUCUCGUGGCGUCAAUCCAAUCGAUCUCAAACAACUUCCCAUUUGGUGGAACGGUCCGAACUGGUUAUCCCUGCCACCAUCCGAUUGGCCUGUUAACGAAAUGCCAUCCCUUGACCCACAUUGGAUGUCGGAGGCCAAAACCAACGUAACCAUGAUAGCCACACUCAAGUCCAACUUUUCCGAUAAAUUAUUCAGCCGAUACUCCUGCUUCAGCAAACUUCGUCGAUCUAUUGCAUACUGGAUGCGAUAUUUCCGUGCCCUGAAAGCCGCCGUCAAGAAGACCACCAUCGAACCUUUUGAGACCUUAACAACUGACGACCUCCGUGAUGCAGACAUCGCCCUUUCUCGGCUAGCCCAGCGCGAAUCAUUUCCAGAAGAAAUGUCCAAUCUUAUAUCCGGGGAACGUAUUCCUACAUCGUCAGCAUUGAAGUGGUUGCAACCUAAAGUCAGCAAGGAAGGUGUUAUCCGAGUUGGUGGAAGACUCGGCAACGCCCCCGUGUCCGAAGAUGUAAAGUUCCCAAUUGUCCUCUCGUCGAAGCACCGGUUAUCCGUCCUGCUAGCCAAGUACUACCACCAUAUGCUGCUCGAUGCCGGUCCCCAGUUGAUGCUUUCUUCGAUUCGCCAGAAAUUCUGGAUCAUCGGUGGCCGUAACUUAGUUCGCCGCACGUACCACCAAUGUCACACGUGCUUCCGCAACAAACCCACCCUGGUGCAGCAGAGUAUCGUCGACCUGCCUACAACAAGAGUGACUCCGACCAGACCAUUCGCCGUAUGCGGUAUUGAUUACUGCGGUCCCGUAUAUAUCAAAUCUCCGGUGCGUAACCGGACUCCUACUAAAGCGUACAUCGCAAUAUUUGUAUGCUUCGCUACACGUGCCGUCCAUAUCGAGCUUGUAUCUGAUAUGUCAACACCGGCUUUUAUGGCCGCUCUCCGCCGUUUCGUCGCCCGCCGUGGAAAGAUGAAGGAAAUCCACAGCGACAACGGCACCGCCUUCAAGGGCGCAGCAAACGAACUGCACAGACUCUACGCCAUGUUAAAAUCCAACCAAACCGAACGAAAGCAGAUCCACGACUGGUGUGCAGAGAACGAGAUUAUCUGGCGUUUCAUCCCUCCGCGAGCACCACACUUUGGAGGGCUGUGGGAAGCAGCCGUUAAAUCAGCUAAGCAUCACCUGUUACGUGAAAUCGGCAAUGUAAACGUUGGCUACGAGGACAUGUGCACUUUAUUGGCCCAAAUUGAAAUGUGCCUGAAUUCGAGGCCCCUGGUUCCAAUUCCAACCGAUCCUUCAGACCUGGAAGUCUUAACUCCAGGACAUUUCCUGAUUGGAGCCAGUUUCCAAGCCGUUCCGGAAAACAACUUGUGCGACAUUCCGGAUAAUCGUCUGACGCACUUUGAGCUCGCUCAGAAGCGAUUCCAACGAAUCUGGUCUAGAUGGGCACCAGAAUACCUCCAGCAACUCCAGUCACGCGUUACAAGGUCCAAGCCACCAGUAACCAUCAAACCAGGUGCCGUCGUGGUAAUCAAAGACGACAAUCUACCACCAAUACAAUGGCCGCUCGGAAGGAUCACUAAGGUUCAUCCGGGCAAAGACGGAGUGGUACGUGUCGUCACCCUGAAGACUGCAUCAUCCGAAGCAAUCGUCAGACCUGUGGCGAAGAUUGCGCUAUUACCAACAGCAGAAAAUCAUCAUCCGGAUCCUGAAAAAUGA